ACCUGAGAGUAAAGACAUGUCCACUGACACAGAAGCCCUAUUCGCUAGCAAAGAAACAUCAAAAAACACCCCUAUUCUACCACAGAAAGUCCAUGAAUCAACAGACACAGAAGCUCUAUUCGAAAGAAAAGAAACAUCAACAAACACGCCUGUACUACCACAGAAAGUCCACACAUCAACAGACACAGAAGCUCUAUUUGAAAGAAAAGAAACAUCAACAAACACCCCUGUUCUACCACAGAAAGUCCACACAUCAACAGACACAGAGGCUCUAUUCGAAAGAAAAGAAACAUCAACAAACACCCCUAUUCUACCACAGAAAGUCCAUGAAUCAACAGACACAAAAGCUCUAUUCGAGAGGAAAGAAAUGUCUACCGACACACACUGUUUGAUAAAAAUGGAAAAUACAUCGACAGAUACAGAGAAUAUAUUUGAUAAAAGAGAGAUGGCCACUGACACUGGUGAAUUGGUACAAAAAUGGACUGAAACAGCUGGUGAUUUAUAUGUAACCUUUCCUAUGGGUCAAACACAGGAAGGCAAAGACUGGAAAUUUCACAUAGAGAUCUUGAACAAACUUAAACAAGAAGAAAAUGAAAUUACGAGCAAACUGAAACAGCUGAAGAUUAUUCAAAACAACUUUGAAGAAAGAAAAUCAGUUUCGAAAAAGCAGAGGGAAGAACAAUCGAAUGAGCACGUGAUGGCAUUGCGUCAUAUUGGUAACAUUCACAGGAGAAGAGCUAAACUUACAGCGAGGAAACUAGAGUAUGUGAAGUCUAUCGCUCUGUAUGAAUGUGCAGAAGUUCACCUUCAAGAAUGUACAGAUGAUGUUAAAAAACAGGAAAUUGAAAAAAUAAAACAAGAAAGGAAACUUACUUUGCGAGAAUUCUUAAGUGGAAGUACAAAGGCAACAUUAGAUGACAAAGUUCUACAGUUUGAGAAAGAUAAUAACACCAACAAAGAUACUCUGCGACAAAUACGGAAAUUCAUGAAAACUAAACUUAGAAAUUUAAACAGAGAGCAUAGUGGAUGUCCCAUUGAUCUGGAUGAGACACGCAAAAAAAUGGAAAAAGAGUACAUAGAACAAGUCAGCGAAAUCUUAAAAUGGAAUCACGGAGAGAUUAAAAAGUUCAUAGAAUCGUUAGUGAACCAGAGUAGAAAAAUGUUUGAAUUUCACAAUGAUGACUUUGCUUUUAUAGCAUUUGGAUCCUUCUCGAGAAAGGAAACAACACCAUUUUCCGACGUAGAAUUC